AUGACUGAAGUUAUUCUUCAAAAACUGAGAGAAUUAGAUAUUUCAUUAGAUGACAUGAGAGGCCAAGGAUACGACAAUGGGGCUAAUAUGCGUGGAUAUAAAAAUGGUGUUCAAGCUAGAAUUCGAAAUCUAAAUUCAAGAGCUUUUUACGUGCCAUGCAAUGCACAUUCUUUAAAUUUGGUUUUGAACGAUUCAGCAAAUUGUUGCUUAGAUGCAGUUUUAUUUUUUGAUAUUAUACAAGAAAUGUAUACAUUUUUUUCAGCAUCAACACAAAGAUGGGAUGUUUUUCGUAAAUAUGUUAAAAAUCUUACUGUAAAACCAUUAAGUGCAACUCGAUGGUCUAGUAGAAUAGACGCUAUUCGACCAAUUCGAUUUCAAACUGCUGAAAUUUAUGAUGCACUGGAAGAAAUAUCAGAAGACACUUCACUUACUGAGUUAAUUUGGUAUGAUUUAUUAUGCGAAAUUAAUGUCACUAGUAAACUAUUACAAUCUAUAUCAUUAAAUAUUAUCGAAUCAAUCAAUCAGAUAAACAAUACCAAAAUAUUUUUACAAAAAUAUCGUAGUGAUGAAAAUUUUGAAAAAAUACUUACACAAGCAAGUUACUUAGCAAAUGAACUUGGUGUACAAGAUAGUUUUUCGUUAAAUCAAUUUCGAACUCGACGUAGAAAAACUCAUUUUGAUUACGAAUCUCGUGAUACUCCUAUAACAGAUCCUAAACAGAAUUUCAAAAUAAAUUUUUUUCAUCAAAUAUUAGACAAUAUGCUCCAAUCAAUAAAUGACCGAUUUAUUCAACUUGAAGACCAUAGUAAAUUAUUUUCAUUUCUUUAUAAUAUUUCUAAUGUCAAUAAUUAUGAACAUUUAAUGAAGUGCUGUAAAGAUCUUCAGCUAGCACUUUCUUCAAAUGACGGUUUAAAUUCUGAUAUAAAUUCUGUCGAACUUUGUGAAGAAAUAAAUACAUUACAAAAACAUUUGCAAAAUGAAAAUGAUCCAAAAGCAAUUUUACAAUUUAUAUGUGAAAACAAAUUAAUAGAAUUAUUUCCUAAUGUAUACGUAGCUCUAAGAAUUUUAUUUACAUUACCAGUAACUGCAGCUUCAGCUGAAAGAAGCUUUUCAAAAUUAAAAAUUGUAAAGAACUACUUAAGAUCACAAAUUUCACAGGAUCGUUUAGUUGGAUUGGCAACAAUUUCAAUUGAAAAUCAAAUUGCGAAUGAUCUUGACAUUGACGAUUUAGUUAAAGAUUUUGCGUCAGCAAAAGCAAGAAAAAUACAUUUUUAA